AUGUCUGAUCUAGACGAAGACGAAUCCCAGGAAAGAAUCGCCGUUAAGGGUGGUUUUCCAGUGCGCAUAGUUGAGUACAAGAGCAUCAAACUGAUUGCAAUUUUUUUGACAGUGUUUCUUAUCAGAUCCCACCUCGGGUAUUUUAUUAACAUGAUUUCAAGCGGCGAUGGUGAUACUUUACCAGCGUUGCAAGCCGUGCCGGUAUUUUUUUUUCUCAUCAUUAAUUUAAUGAUGUGUUAUUUCGUUUAUGCGGUGUUCGAUCCCAGCGAACAACCCGGCGCCAAUCGAAUGAUGUUCUUUUUAAUUAUCUUGGCCCUUGUUAUGGUGGUUGUUCUUCUGAUAAUAAUUGUUAGUGUUAUCGCACACGCGUAUAGCACGCAUCAGAAACUCCACGAUGGGAUUGUCACUGCAAUGAAUCAUUAUUUGAACAGUACGACCUAUAAAUCACAGAUUGAUCGCUUACAAAUUGAAAUGCAGUGCUGCGGAAGCAAGAAAUAUGACGAAUGGUAUACCAUCAAGUGGCAGGAUCAAACACUGGAGAAGGAAACUGGUUCUGCUGCUGAUGGUAACACACCGUUUAGUUGUUGUUCUAUGAAAUCACUUUCUCCCUGUAUCCACCACAAUAUCGAAGUCACAGGAAAAGCAUAUUUGUACACUCCUGAAUUUAAUUUGAGCAUUUCGACGAGAGGAUGUUACGAAAUGAUCCGCGAAAAAAAACAAACAGUUGGAUGGAUUAUUGUGGGUAAUUUAAUUCUCUAUAUUAUCCUUGAGGUUGUGACUCUAAUUUUGUUCAGGUUAAUACAGACGGCUCAUUUUGAGAGCCGUAGGUUUCAGGGACGAGCUCGUUCUUACACCGUUUGGUUGUUCGGGAGUUACACUGGCAGAGUUAAGAACAAUAAACCACCCCCAACGCCGCCACCCGUACCCCAGGAAUUGAGAGACUAG